AUGGUAGAGAGAAGGGAGAGGUGGUGCAAAGAUGUUGGCCUCAAUCAUGCUGCGAAUAGGCCUCUUCUGAAGGCUGUUUUUGAGACCCCCUCGAAAGAAUUGGAGCGUAAUUUGAAGGAGGAUAUCGAGAAGAUUUGGGAAGAGACUCCCAAGCCCCCGGGAGACGAGGACACUCUACUCACUGACAUCUUCAAUGUGGAGGUUACCGUGUUGUCCAGUUAUGAGCAUAUGAGAGAUAAGUUUGAUAAAGAGGUGGCCCAACUCCAAAAGCAGUUAAUUUCCCAUAAUCUUGAUCUCUUGAAAUCAAAACUUUCUUUGAGCAGUGCCAAGAAAAUGUGGGAUAAGAUCAAAAAACAUAAUGACCUCAAAGUUCCACCUUAUAGGCUCAUGUUUGCCACAACAAGAUGUGAGGAGAUUGCCGUGGAAAAGUUGAAGCUCUUUCAAGCUAACCAGGCUUGGUUAGAAUUAGAAAAAAAUGCAAAAAACUCAUUUUGUGAAGGACUUCGAUACGAUAAGGUAACUGAGAGUUUUGAAAGAAGUACUAAAGGAGGUUACGGUCAACAAGUACACGAAGUCAGAAGCUCUAAACGUCAAGAUCUGACGGUAAAAGCACUAAAGGUGGUCUAUCCUGCUUAUAUGAAUACGUUGGGUCAUCUUCGAUCCGAGACAUUGCUAAGCUUCACGACUCAACUCGAUAAGCGCAGAAAAGAUUUUCCCCUGUCUGCAUAUCAGUCAUUUCAGUCAUGCUAUAGCUCUUGUGUGAUGCAGUUUGAUCAGCAAUGUUCAGAAUCUGCUACGAUAGAGCAUGCACAAUGGGAGGGCGGUGAUGCUUCAAGUGUGCGCAAACAACUACUCCGUGAUAUUAAAGAACAUGCACUAAAUCUGCUACGGGAGGAACUCUCCAUUAGUGUUACUAAAAAAGUAUUGAAUGUUGUAAAAGAAAGGAGUAAGAAGGACAUAUGGAGUUGUAUUAGGAGUUGCAUGGAGAGUGCUAAAUCGGAGGCUGCUGGCAUAUUUACAGCGGAGAAUGAACAAAUCGUGAAGAGUGACAAUGAGACAGCUAAAUUGGGGGCUGUUAGUAUAUUUGCAGCGGAGAAUGAACAAAUCUUAACAGAUUUAGAGAAACACGCUAGAGACAGAGUGGUCACCUGUUUCAAAGAUGAAUCUCAUAAAGUCGAGGAACUCAUAAAAGACAGGCUCAUUUUUGCUUCAAGACCAAUGGACGACAACACAAUCCCAACUAAGGAGGAGGCCUACCUUCAGUGUUUGGAUUUGUUGUCGGCAAUGGCUGUAAUACGUUUAUAUAAUACAUACGACGUCGUACAAAGAGUGCUACGUUCUGAGCUGCAUAUGGACGCAAAUAGCGGCGAUGGGAUUUCUCUUUCUUCAGAUACAUGGGAAAAUAAACUGCAGCAAAGUAAGACUUGGAAGGAGAUCAAGGAUAAUCUUCCUAAAUGGGCAAUUUCAAUUCGUAAAUGGGCAAUUGCGGGAUUGUGUCUUCUCGGAGUUGCUGCGUUCUGUGCUCUUCUUAUCUGCUGCCCGAUAAUCGCCGCAAAGUUAGCUAUUAUAGUAGCGGUCGCAAGCGGGGUAGUUACGGUGCUUCGAAUUGGGACGGAGUUUAUGUAUAUGUAUACUGCCACAAAGGAGAAAUUUAACCUGAGUGAUAUCCCAAGCAAACAUCCUACGUUAUUGAAAUCUCUGUACGAAGAUUUGAAAACAACAUUCGAUUGCCUGACUACCGGAUGUAAAAUACUAAGCCCUGCCACUCCGGUGGUUGCUUAA